CUGAAUAAGCUCAUAUUAAACAAACAAACAAACAAAAAAAGAUGACAAAAAUCGCUUUGGUCCUUCUUUUGAUCUCAAUGCUCAUGAUUCUUUCGGUUCAGUCCGCCUCCGGUAUCGUGACCGUUUCACAUGCAUCGAUAGCAGAUGUCGAAAAAGUUUCCGGGCCUUUGAAGGUUGCUGCAGGACCGGUAGUGGAUGCUGCUGCGCCGGUAGCGGAUGCUGCAGGGCCGGCAGCCGAUUCAAAGGAGAAAUCCUCGUCAUGGAUCGAUUGGACCAAAGACAAGAUCAGUGGUAUUGAGAGCAGUGUCGGGAACCUGUUUUCUUCGUCGUCGUCUUCUUCUUCGGGAUCGGCCUCUGCUCCGGCACCGGCAACGAAACCGAAAACAAAGGUUUGAGCCGGAACUGUCGCUUCAGAAAGGAUAUAUCAUGCAACAGAAUACCAGUGCACAUUGAUGUAAUGUAUUUGGAAUAAUCCAAGUGGUCGUCCUCCAACAAUAGUGGGGAUUUAACUGGAGAAUCAUUAUUAUUUUUUGUUUUUAUUUUAUUUUUCAAUUAAGAUAUGUUGAAAGUCAUCAUA